AACACAGUUCUUCCAUAUAAUGAAGGUGUUAGCUGUAUUGUUGACUUUGGCUAUUGCUGCCUCAUACGCAGAUUCUGCUAGAGAGGUAUCUGCUAUAGGUUACCAUGGAAAGAUUGGUAUCCCUUUGGCUAGGAAGAUCAAACUGGCUGAAGAACAGGCACAACUAACACCGGAAGGUCAAAGGAUCGUAGGCGGCUCUAUUACAGAUAUCAGUCAAGUUCCCUAUCAAGUUGGUCUCGUCAUCACAAUCCUCUGGAUUUUGACAUCAGUUUGCGGUGGUAGCCUCAUCUCCACUACCCGUGUGCUUACCGCUGCCCAUUGCUACUACGAUGGAACCUUCACCGCCAACUCUAUCCAAACUGUCCAUGGAUCCAACUUGCUGUUCACCGGCGGAGUGCGGCACACCACUAACGAUAUUGAGCUCCACCCUAACUGGGAUCCCGAGAUGGUUGCUAAUGAUAUUGCUAUCAUUCGUAUCCCUGCUGUCACCCUUUCUAAUGUAAUCCAGACGAUCGCUCUGCCUUUCAAUGAUGCUUCAAAUCUUUUUGUUGGAACUAACGCGCUCGCUUCUGGAUACGGCCUACAGUCCGACGGUGGCAGCAUCAGUAUCUUCCAACGUCUAAAUGCUGUCACUCUCCCCGUGAUCGCCAAUAGCGUAUGUGAUGAAGUCUACAGACCCUACAUCACCAAUACGAAUAUUUGCACCAGCGGCGCCGGCGGACAAGGAACGUGCAGCGGUGACUCCGGUGGUCCCCUGGCUCUUAACAUUAAUGGCGUUCCUACACUGAUCGGUGUGACAUCGUUCGGCUCGUCUGCGGGUUGCGAAGUCGGUCUGCCUGCUGGUUACGCCAGAGUCACGUCCUAUGUGUCUUGGAUUACUUCCGUGAAUUAAUUAAUUCAAGAUGUAAUGAAAAUAAACUGUGCUUUUUUAUGAUA